AUGGAGGUCUACCAGUUCCUGCUGUUCUUGCUGGCCUUGGAGAAACUAUGGGCAGCAGGUGACACGUUUGAGACCCAAAUCAUUGGGGGUCGAGAGGCAGUCCCGCACUCCCGACCAUACAUGGCCUCUCUCCAGAAAGCCAAGUCCCAUGUGUGCGGGGGAGUCCUUGUGCAUUCCAAGUGGGUGUUGACGGCUGCCCACUGCCUGUCUGAGCCGGUAAGGCAGCUGAAGCUGGUACUCGGCCUGCACCGCCUCUACGACCCCCAAGAUCCUGGCCUCACCUUCCACAUCAGGGAAGCCAUUAAGCACCCUGCCUACAACCUCAAUUAUGAAAACGACCUGGCGCUGCUUAAGCUCGACGGGCGGGUGCAGCCCAGCAGAAAUGUCCGACCAUUGGCUCUACCCAGAAAGCCCCGAGCCAAGCCUGCUGAAGGGGCUCGGUGCAGCAUUGCUGGCUGGGGCAUUACCCACCAGAGUGGGCACCUGGCCAGGGUCCUGCAGGAGUUGGAUCUGCGUGUGCUGGACACCCGCAUGUGUAACAACAGCCGCUUCUGGAAUGGCAGUCUCGUGGCCAACAUGCUGUGUUUGAAGGCUGGGUCCAAGAGCCAGGGCCCCUGCAAGGGUGACUCUGGAGGGCCCCUGGUGUGUGGCAAAGGUCAGGUGGCUGGGAUCCUGUCUUUCAGCUCCAGAAACUGCACGGACAUCUUCAAGCCUCCUGUGGCUACUGCUGUGGCCCCCUACAGCUCCUGGAUCAGGAAGAUCAUCCAUCGCUGGCAACCUCAGCCUCUGGCCUAAUGCCCUAGCUGACCAGGACAUAUUUACUGGCUGGGCAGGGAAGGGACUGGGUGUGCCUCUGAAAACCAAUAAAUCCUGAUAUGUCUGUGGAACCUA